AUGUUGUUGACGACAACCUUUUUGAUCUUCUUCGUGCGAUUUUGUGAUUGUUGUAUGCCGACGAAAAAUGGUGGAAGUGAGUUGGCAAUUUGGCGGGGCGGGGCAAAUCAUGAUAUUUUUAGUGCCCAUAUUGAAUGAAGACUUGGAUGAGCCCGAAGAAGUGAUUUCAACUUCACAAAGUCCCGAGGAGCCCACCACAACCACCACUACAGAGGCGUCUGAAGAUCCCAAAUGUCCUGAUGACACGUGGAUUCUAUUCAACAGAGGAACCUAUUCAUGGUGUAUGAAAACUGCGAUUGCUUCAAUUCAACAAGCAGAAGCUGCCGAAACUUGUCAAAAUCUCAACGCCAACGCAGUACCUUCAGGUUUUCAAAAUGCAGCAGAAGUUACAACAAUGAUUGCUCAGGCUAGAGCGGCUAAUAAUGGAGAGGAUGCAAGGUUUUAUAUCGGAGCUGAAAGAGUUGAAAAUUGUAUUGGGAAAGGUAUCACGGCAAGUUGCACAAAGUUGAAUUCAUUCAAAUGGACAGAUGGUAAAACAACUGGAACUGAUGGAUGGAUUUGGGAAGGAAUUCAACCGAAUAAUUGGCAAUUUCAACAAAAUUAUGUUUAUUUGGACACUGAAAUGGGUGGAUUAGCAGACGGAAAUGGACUUUUUGAAUAUCCUGGAGUUAUUUGCGGCGUUGAAGCUUCCUAA